UUUCCGCAGUUCUAAAUCGUCUAGUCGUUUUACGGAAGAUUUUUUUAAAGAAAUUAUUUAUUUCUGUUUGUUUAGUCACUUUUAUGGCAACACUUUGGACUGUAAGAUGGAGGGGAGCUGUACUGACAGCAGAGUUGGGAUGAAAGUUUUCCUUUUUCUCACAUUUUCUGUUCAUGUUUCUUCAGCAGUCACACACUCUCUGCAGUACAUCUUCACUGGAGUUACACCAGGAAUAAAUUUCCCAGAAUUCACCACUGUGGGUCAGGUGGAUGGACAGCAGUUCGACUACUACGACAGUAACAUCAGGAAGGUGAUCCCGAAGACGGAGUGGAUACAGAAGGUCAAUGCUGAUAAUCCAGAUUACUGGAACAGAAACACACAGAUCAGGCAGGGUUGGCAGGAGAUCUUCAAAGUCGAUAUGGAUACACUGAUGCAGCUCUUUAAUCAGACUGCAGGAGUUCACACAGUGCAGAUGAUGUGCGGCUGUGAGCUGGAUGAUGACGGCACCACUAGAGGAUACAGACAGGACGGUUAUGAUGGAGAAGAUUUCAUCAGUCUGGAUCUGAAAUCUCUCACCUGGAUCGCUCCGACACCUCAAGCUCUGAUCACCAAACAGAGCUGGGAUAAUAAUUCUGGUGACACUGAGGGCCUGAAGAACUACCUGGAGAAAGAGUGUAUCAAGUGGUUACAGAAGUAUGUAGAUUAUGACAGAGAGACUCUGGAGAGGAAAGUUCCUCCUACAGCGUCAGUGUUCCAGAAACACUCUUCUCCAGAGGUGGUGUGUCACGCUACAGGUUUCUUCCCCAAAACAGUGAUGAUCACCUGGCAGAAGGACGGAGAGGACGUGCAUGAGGACGUGGAUCUCAGAGAGACAUUACCCAACCAGGAUGGAAGCUUCCAGAAGAGAAGCAUUCUGACAGUCUCAGCUGAGGAUCUGCAGAAACACACCUACACCUGCGUGAUUCAGCACAGCAGCUUGGAGAAGGAGAUAGUGCUGCGUGAGGAGGAUAUUCGAAUCCUGAAUCCUGGUGGAGGAUCAGGUGGAGCUCCGAUCGGUAUCAUCGUUGGUGUAGUCGCGGUUCUCCUGGUUCUCGUUGCCAUUGUUGCUGGAAUUGCGGUCUGGAGGAACAUGAAUUCUGGCUUCAGACCUGUUCUACCCAAACCCGCCUCUGAAGGAGAUUCUUCCUCCAACAACUCUUAAAGUGGACUGUGUGUGUUCCCGCUGCACUGAGAGAGAGAGAGGAGGAGAGGGAGAUGAGGACCACACACACACACACACACACACACACACACACACACACACACAUUAUCAUAACAGAUUGGACUAAAGUGUAAAAGAACAGGAACCGAGAUCUUCAGAUGUGAUCCGUGUUGGACAUCCAUCCAUCCAUCUUCUAUACCGCUUUAUCCUUUUCAGGAUCAGGGGGAACCUGGAGUCUAUCCCAGGGAGCAUGGGGCACAAGGCGGGGUACACCCUGGACAGGGUGCCAAUCCAUCGCGGGGCACACUCACAUACUCACUCACACACCCAUUCAUACACUACGGACAUUUUAGACACGCCAAUCAAUGUCUUUGGACUGGGGGAGGAAACCGGAGUACCCGGAGGAAACCCCCGCAGCAUGGGGAGAACAUGCAAACUCCCCACACACAGGGCCACGGUGGGACUCCGUGUUGAACAAAUUGGACUAAAGUGUAAAAGAACAGGAAGCGGGAUCUUCAGAUGAUCCGUGUUGAACAGAUUGGACUAAAUUGUAAAAGAACAGGAAGCGGGAUCUUCAGAUCUGAUCCGUGUUGAACAGAUUGGACUAAAGUGUAAAAGAACAGGAACCGGGAUCUUCAGAUGAUCCGUGUUGAACAGAUUGGACUAAAGUGUAAAAGAACAGGAAGCGGGAUCUUCAGAUGAUCCGUGUUGAACAGAUUGGACUAAAGUGUAAAAGAACAGGAAGCGGGAUCUUCAGAUGGUCCGUGUUGAACAGAUUGGACUAAAGUGUAAAAGAACAGGAACCGGGAUCUUCAGAUGAUCCGUGUUGAACAGAUUGGACUAAAGUGUAAAAGAACAGGAAGCGGGAUCUUCAGAUGAUCCGUGUUGAACAGAUUGGACUAAAGUGUAAAAGAACAGGAAGCGGGAUCUUCAGACGGUCCGUGUUGAACAGAUUGGACUAAAGUGUAAAAGAACAGGAGUGAACACAGCAGAAGCAGGAGUUCAUGCUGAUGAUCAGCACUCAAAGCUUUUCUUUUCUCCACACGUGGAAAACACAAAUCUACUAAAUGUCACGGCACUGACUCCAUUAUUUAUUACUGAACUCAGUUUAAAGCAAAAAAACAAUCCAUUCAACACGUUUUCACAUUUGUACGACCCAAAUCUCUCCCACAAUCCCUCUGUUCUGUCUGUAACAAUCUGAACCAAAAAUAAAGUCUAUUUUCUUCA